AUGGCGAGCUUAAGGACGGCUCUUCGCCUGGCGCCACGAGCGCAGUUCGUCCGUCCAUCGCCGACCUCCCGAAUCACUCCCCUUGCCCAGCGCUGCUAUGCCGCCUCUGCGACACCGAGACCAGCGGACGACACGAAGCCUGCCAGUCAGGCAGAGCAGGCCUCCGAAGAUCUGAGCUUCCAGGGCGAGGACCCAAAUAUGAACGGAAACUACCCAGAUCCAUCGCUCACAUCUGCUCUCCCCGUUAAGAGGCAAUUCCGUGACCCAUAUGCGGACUGGUGGGAUCCUCAAGAACGUCGAAACUACGGAGAGACCGUCCACGAAGAUAACGACAUUCUCGGUAUCUUCUCGCCAGAAGAGUACACGCACUUCAAGCCUGGCUGGGGCGCAGUCCUCCUCGGCACUUUCAUAGCAUCGGUCGGCGUUCUUUGCGGUGUUGUUUACAGAUACUACCCAGAUCAGCCUGCGGUCUCGCGGACAUUCGAGGACGGUUUAGAGAAGGAACUUGGCGGGCCACUCGCUGUGAGAGCCCGCAAGUCUCACGAUGAUGUUGCUCCACUCGAUCGAUCGGUGUUAUAG